UGUACAAUGUAAUGUAGAUGUUUUCACCUGUGAUCUGCUGUUCUGCUAACUCAACGACCUUGACAUCAGUUCAAUGUUGAAGUUUGAAGUAUUACUGAGCGCCUUGCUUGCUGUACUAAUCACUGGUGUGAGUGCAGACCCUGAGAAUGAAACAGAUAACAGAGAAUUAUCAUUGUUGAAUGUUGGAGUACCAUUGGCUGAGACAAAGCUAGGUCCCAACCCAGCUCUAGACGGAUACAACAGGCGCCGCGUCAGAGCCAUAUAUUACUGGUCCAACAGGAAUUUCUGCUAUUACAAGUUUAAAGUAGAGGCAGUGACGACUUCUGAGGUGGCUGGAAAAGUAGAAACUGGUCGCAACUUCCUCAUCAUCUCUCUAGAUUAUCGGCCACUAGAUGUUGUUGAAGUCAGUGACUCCAACAGCUUCAACACUGAUGACGCCAAGUUGGGAAGAUUCAUCCUGAGGCAAACCGUGUGGUCUUGUGACAAACUUAGCCUAGAGUUCCGCAUGCCAGGAGGCGGCUGUAGGGCUAGAAACUACAAGAGAGUGAAGAAACUGACUCCUGAGAUGGAACAAGGACAACGGAUCCUUGUUGAAGACUUUGAAUGGGAAGCUUAUGAUGACGAGUGUGGAAGCCCAGAAUUGUUAUAAGAUGUUUUAUUUUGUAGUAUGAUGAAUACCAUGGAAAGAUUGCUCUUGUAAAUUUAUAUAAAGUUGUCAUAAAUACAAUGUUUUACC